CGCAGGGAGCGCGGGGCGCAGAGAGCCGAGGAGGAUCGGGAGGGCGCGCGGGGCGCAGAGAGCCGAGGCAGAAUCGGGGCGGCCGCCCGGCCCUGGGGCCCCCGAGCCGCCGCGGAGCCCCCGCGAGGGGCGCUGAGCAAGAGCGCGGCGCCGAUCGCCUGCCCCCGGCCGCCGCUCGCGACUCCCUUCCGGCGCGCGUCGGGACAUUCUCCUCUCGGUGCUCCUCGGGGGAGCUGGAAAGGAAGACGUGGAGGCGGAGAAAACCGGCCGCGUGACGACUAGCGAGUGGGAACCGGGCGAGGGAAGCCGGCUUCAGCUCGCCUAAAACUUGGCACGCCCGCAGGCCGCAGGUCUGCUCUUGCUCCUUUCCGAGGGUUUGGGCACAGCAGGAGAGCCGGGAGCUUCUGCAGCCCAUCCAGGCUUCGGGCUUCACUGAGAUGAGGUGACAAAGGAACGCAAGAGACUGAACUCAUCGUCGGAAGGAGUCGGGGAACCUUAUCUUCUUUUAAAAAGAGGGAAUAGUUUGGAACGAAUUGCAGAAAAGCUACGAGGAGCGAGACUUUUAGCGGCUGCUUGUCGCACUCAGGGUUAAACGCUAAAUUAUUUCUUUAAAUAACGUUAUUCUGGUAUUUAUUAUUGGUGGACACACUUUUUUUUUAGACGCGAAGCAUGGCUUUUUCUCAGGUGCAGUGUCUGGACGACAACCAUGUCAACUGGCGGUCGAGCGAGUCCAAGCCAGAGUUUUUCUACAGCGAAGGACAGAGGUUGGCUUUGGAAGCCCUGGUCUCGAGGGGCCCGGAAGCCUUCUACGAGGUCCUCAAAAAGGAGAACAUCCGGGACUUCCUUUCGGGGCUGGAGCUCCAAAAGGUCUUGGAUUCCCUGGAGACGUACGACCCUGGCUCAGAGUUCAUCCCGCGUGGAGACGGGCCCCUGGACCUCAACAGCCCCGGCAGUGAGCCGGGCCCCGUGCCGUCCUCCGACUACUGGCCGGAGAGGUCCGAUCGCUCCAUUCCACAACUGGACCUAGGCUGGCCCGAGACCGUCGCCUACCGGGGAGUGACGCGGGCCACGGUCUACAUGCAGCCCCCCAUCGACUACCAGCCCCACAUCAAGGAGGUCGUCCGCAAGAUGAUCUUCCAGGCACAGAAGGUGGUGGCCGUGGUCAUGGACAUGUUCACCGAUGUGGACAUCUUCAAGGACCUCCUGGAGGCCGGCUUCAAGCGCAAGGUGGCCAUCUACAUCAUCGUGGACGAGUCCAACCUGAAAUACUUCCUCCAGAUGUGCGAGCGAGUGCAGAUGCAUGCUGGCCACCUCAAGAACCUCCGCGUCCGCACGACAGGCGGGACCGAGUUCCUCACCCGCUCGGCCACACGGUUCAAGGGCGCUUUGGCCCAGAAGUUCAUGUUCGUGGACGGCGACAAAGCGAUGAUUGGGUCGUACAGCUUCACGUGGUCCGCCGCAAGAACGGACCGGAACGCCAUUUCGGUCCUCUCGGGCCAAGUCGUGGAGGCCUUCGACAAGCAGUUCCAGGAGCUGUACCUCCUGUCCCGGGGGGUCAGCCUGAGGUCCAUUCCCAUGGACAAGGAGCCGGAGCCGGAGCCGGUGGUCCUGCCCACGGUCCUGCCCUUGAGCACGAGCCACGCCGACGCCAAGAAGAUCGUCAACCCCAAGUACGCCCUCGUCAAGGCCAAGAGCGCCGACCAGAUCAGCGGCAGCGAGCCAAGCAGCCUCAGGAAGCCCGCCCAGGAGCAGCAGUCCGAGGCCAGGGGCAUGGCGAUCCCGGAGGGCCGGGUGUCCGAGAGGCCCAGCGCCCUCCUGGAGAGGGCCCCCCCGGUCCACCCCGGGCUGCAGAACCUGGAGAGGGCCAACAUGUUCGACUACCUGCCCACGUGGGUCGAGCCCGACCCGGAACCCGGGAGCGAGGUGCUGGGCUACAUCAACAUCAUCGACCCCAAGAUCAAGAACAUCCAGCUGUCGCAGAUGAACCGCAUCAAGGUGUGUGACGUUGCCAACGCACAUGCCCGGCGCAAGCACGCCCAGAAAGCCCCGGAGGCCAGGACAGGUCCCCAGGGCAGGCAGCCGGCCCCCGCGGGUCCCCACCAGCCGGGCACCCCCUCUCCGGCAGCACAGAGCCAGGAAGCCUCCCCGGACGCUGCUGCCAGCCCCAGGGAGAAGGCGCACGGGAAAACGGCGGGCGGAGAACCAUCAGCCACCACGGACGGCAGUCGGCACCCGCAGCCACCGCUGGACGCUGCGCCUCCUGACCGGGCGGUCAGCGCUGCCCCAGCGCCCGACCCACAGGCUGCCGAUGUGACGGACUCGCUCGCUGCAGCAGCCGCGCAGGCCCAGGAGGGGACCGGCGGCACGAGCCCGGGGCAUGACGAAGGGGCGGCCCAGAGCCCGGAGGCGGGUCGCCGCGGCACACUGAGCCGGCAGGGGGCCGUGUCCCGGGGGGCAGUGAACGGCCUGCCGGAGGGCGAGGCUGAGGAGGGAGAGGAGGAGGACUACGCGAGCCUGAGCGACCACGAGAGCUUGCCCGGCACCCAGGGCUGCAGCCCCCGCCCUUCCGACGCCUCCUCCAUCUCGGACGAGUACUUCGAGGUGAGGGGUCCCUCGGGGCCGCUGCGGAGGACCAGCCUGGACUUCCUCCCCAACGGGGGGGUGCCCAGCCCCCCGCCCCGGCCGCCCAUGCAGAGGAAGCUGAGCGAGCCCCACGUCAGCCGGGGCUCCUUCACGAGCCCGCUGGGGAGCCCCCAGGCCCUGCUCAGCCUGGAGGAGGCCAGCCAGCGGCGCGGAAGCGACAGUGUGGAGGAGAUUAGGUGCGUUCUGGGAAGGGGCCGCAACCCGCAUGCUUUCCCCGACGGCUACAUUACCUGUCCGAGCAAUGCUCCACAGGGACCACAGAUCUUCUGCUACGGAGCCCGGGUGCAGGUGUCCAUGGGAAGAGGCAGGAGCGGUCCCCAGCAGGGGAAAGCCCCGGAACUCAGCAAGCCCCCGCGGGAUGGAUCCAGGCCGAAAGCUCCCUGCCCGGGCCCAGGCCGCCAGCCCGGCUGGCCGAGCAAAGCCUUUGGCUCCGGCAAGAACUCGCAGCCCGGCCCCUUCCCCCAGGGAGGCGGCCCCCCGAGAGCCCCUGGCCAUGUGCUGCCCCAGUUCCAAGAAGGCCAGAGGGCGCCGGAAGAACUGAGGACGCCGCUGGGCAUCCCGCUCUCCAAACUGUCCCAGUCCAAGCACCUCAAGAGCAAAGCCGGCCAGUGGCCCGACCCCAAACGGAGGCACCCCGGGGCCGCCGGCCGCAAGGACCAGUGAGUCCGCGGGAGGCGUCGCGCGAGGGUGUUCCAGAGAGGCCGUGGUCCGGAGGCCCAGGGCGCCGCGGUGGAGCCUCGGCCCGCCAGGGAAAGAGGAAGCUGA